UAAAUUCAGCAUUCACUCUCAGACUGAAUUCAGAGUGGCAUCUACAGAGGCCAUCAAACCUUCACGUUUAGAUGAAUUAACAGCACGCGCAGGACCAAGGCUGUCAUUUAGACUCGCUUUACUGGCGGGACCGCGCGUGCCUCAUCUUUACCUGAUGCUGCGUAAAAGUGGACCGUGGAAACCGCUACACGCGCUCUGAAGAGGAUACCGCUCAGUGUGAUUUUGCUGCCACUAUAUAAGCUAUAUUGAGCACUUGCGCGGAGGCAAGAACUGUUGAUCCGGACAGACCUGCUUCUCAUCCAAAUGGAUGCGCAAUGAUGGAUUAAUCGCUUUUCGAUGCAACUUUUCAGCGCAGUGCACUGACAAACUCCUCCUGAGGAUUUUAUCCAAGCAACCUUUACCUGAUUUGAUCCUGUCUUCCUCUCAAGAUGUCAUCGGAGUAUUUGAUAAGGUCACUGCUUAUGCUCUUUCUAGCGCUCUUCUCCGCCAAUGCGAGCAACUGGCUAUACCUGGCAAAGUUGUCAUCGGUGGGGAGCAUUUCUGAUGAAGAAACCUGUGAGAAGCUCAGAGGACUCAUCCAGAGGCAGGUUCAGAUCUGCAAGCGUAACGUGGAGGUGAUGGACGCGGUCCGCAGGGGCGCCCAGCUCGCCAUCGACGAGUGCCAGUUUCAGUUCCGCAACCGACGCUGGAACUGCUCGACGCUAGAGAGUGUUCCUGUGUUCGGCAAAGUGGUCACACAAGGCACCAGGGAAGCUGCAUUUGUGUACGCCAUAUCUGCUGCUAGCGUAGCCUUCGCAGUGACCAGAGCCUGCAGCAGUGGGGAGCUGGACAAGUGUGGCUGUGACCGCAAUGUGCACGGUGUCAGUCCAGAAGAUUCUCCAUCCUUGACCGUCUCUAUCUCAACAGGUUUCCAGUGGUCAGGAUGCUCAGAUAAUAUUGCAUAUGGGGUUGCUUUUUCCCAGUCCUUUGUGGACAUCAGGGAACGAAGUAAAGGACAGUCCUCCAACAGAGCCCUAAUGAACCUCCAUAACAAUGAGGCAGGGAGGAAGGCGAUUCUGAACCACAUGCGAGUGGAAUGCAAGUGCCACGGUGUUUCAGGCUCCUGCGAGGUAAAGACCUGCUGGAAAGCAAUGCCGCCGUUCCGCAAAGUGGGCAACGUCAUCAAGGAGAAAUUCGACGGUGCUACAGAAGUGGAGCUGCGUAAAGUGGGCACUACGAAGGUCCUGGUUCCACGAAACUCGCAGUUCAAGCCACACACGGAUGAAGAUCUGGUGUACCUGGACCCGAGCCCAGACUUCUGCGAGCACGACCCCAAAACGCCGGGCAUACUGGGAACCGCAGGGCGCUUUUGCAACAAGACCUCGAAGGCCAUCGACGGCUGCGAGCUCAUGUGCUGCGGUCGCGGAUUCCACACGGAGGAGGUGGAGGUGGUCGACCGCUGCAGCUGCAAGUUCCACUGGUGCUGCUACGUCAAGUGCAAACAGUGUCGCAAGAUGGUAGAGAUGCACACGUGUCGGUGAUCCCCUCAACACUUCCCUACAUGCACAGGGAAACUAGGCAAAUACACAAAAGGGAAGACAGAGACAUUCCCAGGCAUUUCAUGCACCAAUAGAGGAACAUGUCAUACAUGAGACUUUAAAAUAUAGGGGCAAAUAUAUCUGACGUCCCAAUUGAGAGUAUUUUUCUCUCUCCUCAUUCUGUUUUUAAUUGCAGUUGCUCUCUUAUUUUUAUAUAUAUGUAUAUUUUUUAACUUAUUGCAAUCGAAUAGAGAGUGAAUUUUUAAUGUGACGCGCACCAGAGGAGUGCCAUUGGGAGUGGGGUUACUGACAGACAUUGACCCGGCGGGAUCAGGGGCACAUGAAUAUGGAGAGAGGUCAACGUUUAAAAGCCUUUUCAUCGUUAAUGCUGCUUUAGGGUUUCAUCUUGAAAGAUGGAUUAACCGAACUAUCAAACACUACGUGCUGAGAUGCAGUCCAGGCGUACAUGUACUUUCCAUACCCGUGGCCAUUUGUUCCUAUGAUGCUGCUUGAAUUCAAGAAUCACUCACCGAUACUGUUAAGCCCGGGACACACCAAGCAGACGAUCGGCAAUCAGGCAACGUCGGAGCUUUUUUAAGCGUCGACUGACUAAGUUUUCUAGGUGUGUUAUGAACCGUUGGCUCUAGCCGGGCGCCAUCAGCAGGUUUGCCAGGUUUUCACAACAAAACCCGCCCAAUUGCUACUCAAAACUAGCCCAAAAGCAUUUCAGGGGGGUAAAAUCCGUGUUUUUGGUGGGCUUCCCCUAGUAAAAUUCGCAUUCCAGGGGCUAAAUAUCAUGUUAUUUGGGGUCGCUUCAACCCGUGGACAUGAAAAACAACCCGCGGCAACAGUGUUGUGGGAAAACUGCGGACUUGGCAACACUGGCUGGACCGUUUUUAAGCAUCGGCCGACUAAGUUUUCCUAGUGUGUUCUGAACCGUUGGCUCUAUUCGGACGCCGUUGGCAGGGUUGCCAGGUUUUCACAACAAAAUCCACCCAAUUGCUACUCAAAACUAGCCCAAAACUAGCCCAGUGGCGUUUCAGGGGGGUAAAAUUCUGCAUUUUUGGUGGGUUUCCCCUGGUAAAAUUCACAUUUUAGGGGCUAAAUAUCAUGUUAUUUGGGGUCGCUUCAACCCGUGGACAUGAAAAACAACCCACGGCAACAGUGUUGCGGGAAAACUGCGGACUUGGCAACACUGGCCAGACCGUUUUUAAGUGUCGGCCGAUUGUUUUCCCGGUGUGUUCUGAACCGUUGGCUCUGGUCAGACACCAUCGGCAGGGUUGCCAGGUUUUCACAACAAAACCCACCCAAUUGCUACUCAAAACUAGCCCAAAACUAGCCCAAUCGCGUUCAAGGGGGUAAAAUCUGUGUUCUUGGCAGAGUUCCCCUGGUAAAAUUCGCAUUCCAGGGGCUAAAUAUCAUAUUAUUUGGGGGCGUUUCAACCCGCGGACAUGAAAAACAACCCGCGGCAACAGUGUUGCGGGAAAACUGCUGACUUCCCAACACUGGCCGUCUGGGUUUUUUUGGGCCGAUUCAUCAUGUAGAAUCGGUGUUGGGCCGUCGUGUGAGAGAGAGAACUCUGAUUGGCAAUGAACAAGUCAAAGCACGAGAAUAAUAGCAAAACAGUGAACAAACAAGUCAAGGCGGUACAGACAGAAGGUUGUUCUAAUUUUACGUCAUGUACCGAGUGUUACGAGCGUCCUGGGCGAAUAUUUAAUAUUAACGUGAGCCGAGUGGAAUAUAGAAAGUGAUCAGCAUGAAUGAUAUUCAAAAUGGUAAGCAUGCGCUGCUUUGUUUAGACAGUGGUCUCCUUACACGCAGGCGCAGAACACGCGUGCUGGCUGACAGUCGGCUCUAGUUCUCUCUCAUGUGCAGGUUUUUCCCCCGACGUGAGGCGACAACACAGUCGGCUUUUAUCAGUGCUAGUUCUUUGGCAUCGGUUUGGUGUGUCCCUACCCUUCAAGUGAGUUCUGCUUUAGAAGGGAUGCAAACCAACUCCGAACAAGACGGAUUGGAAUUAUUACAAGUGUUAACAAGCUGUUCAAAAGGAGCGCUUUGAAAGUUGUAGCUAGUGACGCAGACAGAUCAUUGGUGCUGAGCUGUAACCAUGCAUCUGGCACAAAACUGACAAACAUAAAUUGUUUACCCGCUUGGGAUGCUUGGACCAUGGAUUCUGUGCACGAUGACUCUAGCACUUUUCCUCUCCAGACGCACAUAUCACAAAUAAACAAAUCCCCCAGCAUUCCCUGCUCCAUUAGUCAGACUGAGUGACUGAAUUAUUUAUGGCGACUAUGUACGAUACCAUAACUCCAAGCUUUUCUAUAGUACAACUUGCUAUCCAGUAUGCUUUUAAAAGAAACAUAGGUUUGUAAAGACUUAUACACUGAAGAGGACUAUAUUUCAUAUGAAUGUAUGUUAAAUUGAAAUAUAUGCUGUGUCAAAAACUGAAA